AUGGAUUCUUGCGGCCAAGACCCCAAAGAUCCCAAAGAUCCCAAAGGCGAAGACCGCGCGACAGGUGCUGAAACCAAUCUUGUUGAGGCCGGUGUUUACCUAUACAUGGGGUAUAUCUGGAUCUCCCACCCAUUCUCCAGCGACUGUCCGGACGUCCAACCAAACCUGAACGUGCCACGAUGCACGAUUUUCCCUGAUUCAGACGGCCGACGAAAAAGCAUCGGGCUGUCAGGGGAAACAUCGCGCGAAGCCGACGGAUUCAAAUGUGGACCUUUACGUGGGGGAGGGAAUAUGGUCGAGAAUGAGAUGAUCGAAAUGGAGACGGUCGCCGUGCCCAAGAAGUCCCGCUAA